CUGCCAUGAAUGAUGUUGAUGAAAUCACAAGAUUGGUCCGUGGCAAUGCAUGCUGUCUAGUAGCUGCUAUCGGAUUCGCAUUGAACUACUUGCCCGUGAAGAAGUACGACACAGGUGAUGGUAUUUUCUUCUGUGCGGCCAUGUCCGUCGGCAUUCUCGGAGAGGUGACAAAGCACGAUCAACUUGUGAGGAGCCAUGUGGAUGCUGGGCAACCUGGACUGACAGGUCUGGGCCUUGGGCUGACGAUGUGGGAUUUGAGCAACAUGUUGGUGGGUUGGUUCAUUGGGCACUUUGGCCUCUUCGGCGUGGACAAGGAAAUCAUUCAACAUCCGCUGCUGAACUAUGUGGGCCUUGUGCUGGCAUCUGUAUCUCUAAUCUUCUUCUCUUUGUCCUCGGUGUUGAACAGCCAAGAUAAAGAGCUGUCUCCGUCGAAAAAGGAGCUCAGGGAAGACUGCAACAGUGUGAGGUUGAAGAUCCAGAACAAAGGAGAUCGAGGCCAAGGUGGUACGGGAACCAGCGGCUUCGCCCUCUUCGGUGGUUUCGGAGCCGAGAUGUUUUCCAUCCAAAAGAGGGGCCUUUUGAAUCAUCCAAACAGCUCCGAUUUGAAGAUUAGGUGCGCACCAUGCGCACCAGCGACGCUGGGCGAUGGCCAAGACAUGCCGAACGAGUCUAUUCGUGGUUGUCCGAACGUGUCCACCCGAACCACCGCACCUCCGAAAGUGAUCUUGAAGCCGGUCCGAAGCUUACAGGAUGGGGAGAAUGAACCGACUGCCGAAGAACACGACCAUCCUGCAGCUGUUAAUUGGCUCUAUGAUGGCGAUGGUGGCAGGCUUCCGACGGAUUUGUUGCAAGGGGACUUUGGCAAACAGCACAGCAGGUGGCCAUCCGUGGAAAAAAAAAGCUACGCACCUCGAAGCCUCGUGAUUCCUGCCUUAUCUUCUGGAGUCAUCUGGGGCAUUGCUCAGGUGGCUUGGUUUCAGGCGAAUUUGGAUUUGGGCUUUUCAGUGUCCUUCCCGGUCAUUGCGCUAUUGAUCGGCAUUUGCUGCUUUGGAGAAGUGGAGAGCUUUUGGAGCCGCGUUUUUGCUGCUCUGGGGCUGCUUCUCCGAAUUCCAGCCCGUGAAAGUGACAAGACGGUGGCCUCGCAGAGCCUUACCCCCAUAUCUCUGAAGCUCUACGGGGAGGCUGCUGCAGUGCUCCGCUGGGAGGCUCCAGUGCCUACAGUAACGGUGCUUCAAGUGCAGCUGCCAGGCACCAGAUGCAUCAGCAGCGCUCCGGAAACGCACCUCUUGGGUGCAUGUGACAAAAGGCUGGCCUCGCAGAGCCUUGCCCCAAUGCCCCAAAAAGACGGACCAGGUGCUCUGCUGGGAGGCUCCAGACUUCGCAAGCGCUAA